UAUAAAAUUAACGGCACAAAUAUGCCAUUGGAAUCAAUUGUGGAUCCUACCAUAAGAGUAAUACCGUCUGUCAAAUUAGUAAAUUUCAUCUUAAACAUAAAAAAUGUUGACGAUGCUCCAAGUGGUAUCGUAUUUCUAUGCGAAUCAAAGAAAUCUAAAAAAGAGAAGAUUGCAAAUGCAACGUUGACAAUCGAAGAUUUCAGGUGGUUGAUACAUUAUUUAAGUGAAUACAGAAGAACCAAGCGGGAGAAGAUCUAUUUUCAGGACCUGUUUGACGAUUCUGAGGUGAUAUUACCAACACCAAGGGAGACGCCGCGCAAUCCAGAGCUAGAAGCUAGAAUACAGAAAUUAACGGCACAGCAAAAUGACAGAGAGUAUCAGGCGAUGACAAAGAGUGUCGAUUCUAUACGAAAGUAUCAUCCGGAAGAUAGUAUCGCUUACCAAAUGAAGCAGAUAAAUAAACAGCUGAUCGCCAUUGCCCAAUUUGUAUUCUCUGUGGCGGCUGGUUUUGCUUUCGGAUUCAUCGGAAUAGAACUUAUAGUUGGAAAUUUAGACUUUGGAUUCAGAUUGCUUCUGGGAAUAAUGUUCUCGCUGAUCAUCGCUUUAGCCGAGAUCUAUUUUCUAGCUCUGAAGUUGAACGAAAACGGCUUUGACACAUCCCCUUCCACAUCCCUGACAAAGAAGUCGCAUCAAGAUUAGGGUUACUUUUGUUUGUUCACUUACCUCAAACAUAUGUAUUUAUUUAUACAACAAUUUAUUUGGGUAAGUUAGUUGAGUUGGUUGUUUCUUCUGUCAGCAAUGUACAUGUGUAGUGUCUGAAAUCGUUUUCAAAGAGAAUAUUUAUAUAAUAUAUAUUUAUUAUAAAUAAAUACAAUGAUUCUUUAAUAUAAGAAAUAGUAAUUUAUAUGGCGAUACAACUAGAUGUAUGAUACAAGAUACACACUAUUUACAAAAAUAUAUGUGGUAUGAAGGCUAUAUGUGAGGACAAAAGCACACGUCAUGCUUAUUGUAACUGCUUAGUGCUGAACCAUUCGUUGGAUGCAAGUGUAUAAAAAAUAGUUUAUUCUUAAAUUUUAAAUGAUCUUCCCCAUUAGUCUUUUUACAAAACUUUUUGUGAAAAUUAUUACUAAUCGUAAUUCUUUUACAUCUCUGCUUAAGAUGGCAAUGAUCUGAUGUUUAACUUUUAUAACGCACACCUACAUGUACACGCACAUAAACAGAUCUAUAUAUAAUUUGUAUGAAAAAUGUGUAAAACCAAGAAUUUAUCAGCCGACCCAGCUAGAUAACUUCUCUGUAAUCUAAAUAUGUGUAUCAAAAUAGAGAGCAACAUAUGUUUAUCUCUUGGAA